AUGAGAUUGAAGAGUCGCCGGACCGGCUUCCCAGCCCUUUCCCUUCUCUUACUACUUUCCGCCACAACCGCAGCCCCCCUCCCAGCCAACGAUGAUGAACCCCAAAAGACUGAUCCAGUCUUGCCUAGUCGAGCCGACGUCCAGGUUAUACCCAAUGCCCAGAUCCAAGAUCCCAACACCGGUAAGACGGUCGAAGGGCCUCUCGUAAAAGGCAAUUGGGGUAACGACAAAAUCCCGGAUCACUCGAGGCACAAGGAAGCUAGCAUCGCCGAGUUUCCCAAUAACGGCCAGCCCUUCCCAUUACAUCCAAAACCAGCAAAGCAGCGCACUGAAAGGCAAAAGGGCAUCCCGCGCGCCGGACCGCAGAGGGGUAGCGGCGAGCCACAGGUACUUGAUGAAACCACGCCAAAUUUGAUGGAUAACAAAAAAUCGGGCAAGGAAACCACCAUCAGGUCGGCACCCCAUUACGAGUCGGGUGGGAAGCUUGCGGCGCACGAGGAAGAGGCCAAGAAGAAGUUUGAGGCCGACCCAGCAAACAAGGGGAAGAAGUUUCAUCGAACCCCAGCGCCCGAUGGUGCGGUCAAUGACGAGGCUGCACUCACGAGCAGGAUGAAGGCAAAUCUAGCCAAGUACGAAGCCCAGACGGGCAAAAAGGGAUUCCUACAAGUCGAGGUAAAAAAUGGCUUCUAUAACGACUUGCCACCGCAAGACCAGCCGCGCCGCGCGUUCGAGGCACCAGCGGUGUUGAAUUCACAGACACUCCAGCCGGGAAAGUCAGGUGCAGAUAGCACGGCCAGCAAGAAGCAGAAGGCGCAGCAACCACAGCCGAAACCGCAAGCCGCCGCGGCUGUGCCGCCGCCAACUCCACAAGACGACGGCAAGCCGUGGGUCGACGCCGCAGGCCGUACGCUGAGGGGCCGCAAACGGCCCGCCGACUCGCAAGUGACAGGGGAGUCUUCAAAACAGACACCCAAGGCCCCCAAAGGCGUGCCGGAUCCGAACAACUACCUCAGAGAUCCAUCCCCAAUCAGGGACGCGUACAAACCAGGGGAUAAAACCACAAAGUCGUCAACCCCUGCUAUCCCACCACCUUCAGAUGCACAGGCUCGCGCGAGGCAGCCCCCUAGACCGAAGGACACCGAGGAGUACAAGCAAUGGCUGGCCAAGACUGGUGGAGAAUGGAGGCCGCCCCCUCCUCCACCGCCUCUGCCCAAGCCACCACUUCCCAAAAUUGAACCCAAAAAGGGAGGUGAUCCACCAGGUCCCACAAAGAUUACAGGCAAAGAAGGCACCUCAAAAGAGGCUCCCGCAGCAAUCCGUGUGUCUAAGGAAGUCAGUUCCUCGAAAGUUGCCAUACGCCCCAAGCCUGUCGCUAAAGCUCCUGCCCCUAAAAAGCCAAUUGGCAAAAAAUCUAGUUAA